UAAUUUGCCUGAACAAGCGGAGUAAACUGACAUCGAGUCUCCAUUAUGAGAGGAGCAGCCUGUCCCGAGCGCACGGCUGCGUCCUUAUUCAUUCACAUGAAAACACCCGAGGGCACCGAGGUAUUCGUACUCAUCUAUCCGGAGGCUCCGGAGCUCCAACACCGUGAACAGCCAGCGGUAACGGCGGGUUAGCUUGCGUUAGCAGCGGGACUCUGCGGGGCUGACAGUCGACGGAGGGAGCGGAGAGCCCGGAGGAGGAGGAGGAGGAGGAGGAGAGGUUACUGGAUGUCACACACUUACACAGGACUCAAACUCAUUAGCAACUAGCCAGCUAACCUCAAGUUCGUGCCUGUCAACUUUUCCCGGACAGCAGCGACAAGAGGACUUGACGAGGCCUUUGUUCACCAAACUGGUGGAGGCCACUACACGGAGGCGCUGUGGCGAAUCGGUGGCUGUCACUGCUGAUCCAUGAGGAGCAUGAGUCAUGACCUCAGUGGUACUGGUCGACACUGGUGGGAUGGUGGUGGAGUAUGUCACAGCCGAGGAGGACCCCCAGCAGGAGGGAGAGUGUGAAGUGGACCUGGAGCUUGAAGGAGAGGUAGAAGGCGAGUGUGAAGCUGAGGAGGCCUAUGAAGAAGUACAGGAGGCCGAGGACUACCCAGCAGUCAUAGUAGAGGAGGUACCGGGCGCCAGCCUGGCCGAGGAGCAGGGUUACUCAGCCCAGGUGUUGGUGUAUGAAGAGGAGACCUACCUGAUGCAGGAAGUGAGCGAUGAGCAGGAAGUGGAGACAGAAGAGGAGGCAGUGGAGGCCUCUGUCCAUGGCACCAGUAUCCACUGCUCCGACAAGACCUUUGAGGCCGCAGAGGCUCUGCUACGCAUGGAUUCACCUUCCAGCCUCAGAGAAGACCGUAGCCCAGAUGCUUUUGUCCCGCCUUGCGCAGCGACACCAGACUUCCUUCACGCUGCCAUGCGUCCUGACAUGAUUACAGAGACAGAGGUGGAGAUAUCUACAGAACAGUGCUGCGAGGAGGAAGACGAGGAGAUGGUCACCCUCCUUGAAGAGCCAGAGCCUGGCCACGAGCCCGUCAGGAAGCGGAGAGCUGGACGGAAGCCAAAGACACAUCAGUCAAAUAUUUCCAACGGCUCACCAGACCUCGGCAUCAAGAAGAAACCAAGAGAAGGGAAAGCAGGGAGCACCACCUACUUAUGGGAGUUCCUGCUGGACCUCCUCCAGGACAAGAACACUUGUCCCAGGUACAUCAAGUGGACCCAGAGAGAGAAGGGCAUCUUCAAACUGGUCGACUCAAAGGCUGUGUCCAAGCUGUGGGGAAAACACAAGAACAAGCCAGACAUGAACUAUGAGACCAUGGGACGGGCACUCAGAUAUUACUACCAGCGCGGCAUCCUCGCCAAGGUAGAGGGCCAGCGGCUCGUAUACCAGUUCAAAGAGAUGCCCAAGAACAUAGUCAUCAUCGACGAUGACAAGGCAGACAUGCCACUUCCCGAAGAUCUGAUCAGCUCAGAGACUGCCGCAUCCUACGAGCGUGUGCUGCCCUCACCCGACAUGCUGCUGCAGUCAACCGAGCUGUCAUCCUCCAAGAAGCUCAACAUCCUGCGGGGUGGGAACAGGGCCAACGUAGUCCACGCUCCUGUCGCCACGGCCAGCAAGACAGCAGCAGGAGGUGGUGCAGCAGGGGUUCCAAGGAUAGUAACCGUUUCAGCAGCACCGGACGGGAAUCAGGGCCAGCAGUCCCACGCCGCUAUCAUCUCCACUGCCACUGGGCCCAGGACAGUGCGGGUAGCUAUGCAGGUGCCUGUAGUCAUGACAACAUCUUUGGGUCAGAAGAUCUCCACUGUCGCUGUGCAGCAGCCAGCGGGGACGACGGGGCCAGCCGGCCACACUACCCUCCUCACCAACACUUCAGCUAUCGGUGCUACUGCUGGUAAUGCCAACUCACAACAGAAGGUUGUGAUCCAGACCAUCCCCACCAUGGUCCCAGCAACAGCAGAAAACGGAGACAAGAUCACUGUCCAGCUAGCCAAGAUCAUCACAAUCCCAGCCCACCAGUUGGCUCAGUGCCAGCUCCAGACCUCCGCAGGCACAAACAAGUCCGGGGCCUCCCCGACUGGCAUCAGCCUCCUUGGGAGCCCCCUGACGGUCCGGGCCCUGGCACCUGUCAACGUCGCUCCGGGAGCGCAAGUGAUGAGGCUCACUGUACCGACGCAGGCGCAACAACAGACUCUAGUGGUGUCACAGCCGGGUAGCGGCGCUGGGGUUGUAACAGUUUCAACAGCCAAUCAGACGGUGACGGCACAGCCCCGGCUCAUAAGUGGUGUCUUUAACGGUUCUGAGCUGGUCAUAGGAGCAUCAGCAGGUGGAGCAGUGGAGAAGCUGAAGGCCGCUGGAGUUCAGGUCCAAGCGGUGCAGGUACCGGUUACAGUGGCAGUCCAGCAGAACCAGAUAAAUCCCAAAAUUGGGUUGGAUCCACAACUACAGAACGUCCAAUCAGAAGCUGUGGACGCUGAGGUGGUUAUCAAACUGGAAACACCUGACGUGGCAGUAAAGACAGAAGAGCCUGAGUGUUGAAAUGCAUCUUGUUUUCCUUCUCUGCCAGAGAGGAUUAGUUUGUACAUGUCUGGCGUCAUUUUUACUCUUGUAAUAACCAGCAGCAGUCUGUGAGACUUUAAAGACUCCUGAAGGCCUGUUUUUAGUCCUGAACCUGUCCUCAUAUGUUCCCUGUUGCUGCCUAGAACUUAACUGAACUAAACUAGUCUCCCUCAGAACCACACGGAAACCUCUGAGUGUGGCACGGGAGGGGGGGGGGUCAAACUGUACUCCACAACAAAGGAACCCACACAGACUUUUAAAGGAACUUUUUGGGGAGGGUAAAGGGACCAACCUUGAUCACUACACGUUCUGCCUUCUAAAGGAAUCGCUACCGCUGACUCAAUAAUUUGGGGCGUUUAAAAAAAAAAAAGAAGGAAAAAAA